AUGUUUGGAAGGAACAAACGUCAGCCAUACAAGGCAAUCAGCAAACAAAUUUUAGCUUCUUUUGCCGUGAUAGAAUUAUUCUAUCUCGCACAAGGUGUUCUUAUCCUUGUAUUUGGCGCUUUGUGGUUUAACACAAUUGAAGCAAAUUUACGUAGUCUUGUAGUAACAAAAAAUUUACUCAUAGGUCUUAUUAUAAUUUCAUUUCUUAUCGCUAGUAUUGGCUUCUUUAAUCCAAUAAAACGUAAAAAAUUUUUAUAUGUACAUACAUUUUUAAUCGUUAUAUCCAGUUUUGCUUUACUGGCAUUGGGUGCAAAUGUUUGGUUUAAAACUUUGGAUGAAAGAGAUCAAUUCAACGAUAAAUGGAAAGGUUGGAGUCAAAAUACACGAGCUUAUUUCCAAAAUGAGUUAAAUUGUUGUGGAUAUAAUAAUUCAACAGAUUUACCAGUUUUAGAUAAAUGUCCAAAUGAUAUAGUCAAGCCGCCUGGUUGUAUUGAUGCUAUAACACAGACAGCUGACAGAUCAUCACGUCAACUAUUCACAUCUUUAUUCGGUUUCAUUAUAAUUGAUAUAUUUGCCUUCUUCUCCACCGUUAUACUCAUACAAUCAAGAAAUGUGGAAGAACGUUAUAUGAAAAUCGAUGAAAAAUAUGGAAAUUCAGGUGAUCAAGCAUUAAAUAGACAAUAUGUGUGA